AAGGUCAGCACAUAUCUACGAAUGUUUUUAUUCAAUAUAAAAGAGCCAUUACACACUUUAAUCUAAAGAGAAGUUUAAGAGAUCAGGUUAUUUUAAAUCGACAAGCAGAUGAAUACAUAGCAAAAGAAAUAAAACUCAAACUUCUAGCUUUGUUUAAUGAGCAAAACAAUAGAUAUAUUCGUGAUGAUCAAGAAGAUCAAACUGCUCCCUUAAAUUCACUACAUCAUUAUUAUCAACUUACUGCAAAAGCAUUUUUUGUAUAUGAUUUUGAAGAAAAUUGGAUAAGUCAAGAAUGGAUUCUUGGUUUUAUAGAUACAGACAAGAUUAAGUUCAAAGAUAAUAAAGCUCAAGAAAUAUCGAAGAUGAUUAAAAAGCUUGUAGCAAAACAUAUAGUUCCAAUACAGCCUGAUUACUACUUAGUAAAUUAUAUUACAG